UGUCCUCAAGCUUAUACCCUAAGGUAAUUUAUCCUACUUAUUUCCUGCCGUCUCUUGCUUCGUUUUACCUAUCACAUGAGCGUGAUCUUACAGUCGUACAAUCUAAAAGCUAACUCUUAAUUCGGAACGAUAGAGCUCUUAGGCCUUGCUUAUCAUAUCGUCGCAUUAGAGACGCCGUCUACGAGCGAAAGCACCACCCUCUACCUAGGUGCUCUUCACUCCGCCCUCGUGAUCACUGCCACUGCCCUCUACAUCUCCCCCGAUACCUUCUACCCUAUCUAAUCCCAAUGUCUUCUCCGCCCUGGGACUACAUCGCCAAGCUCGUAUGUAUCGGCGACUCAGGAUGCGGUAAAUCGUCUCUCACAAUCCGACUCUGCGAGGGACGCUUCAGCCCACAGCACGAUGUCACUAUCGGCGUUGAAUUCGGGUCGAGGAUCGUGCCGGUUGGACCGCCGCAUUCCAAACCACCCGCAGCGCCCAAAUCCGACGGAGGACUUCCCGAACCCCCGCGUGCCAACACCACACCCCAGAAGCACAUGAAGCUAUCGUUAUGGGAUACGGCAGGACAGGAGACGUAUAAAUCCGUAACCCGCUCCUACUUCCGCGGCGCCUCCGGCGCCCUCCUCGUCUUCGACAUAACGCGCAAAGCGACCUUCGCACACGUAACCGACUGGCUCUCCGAUCUCCGCGCGAUCGCCGACCCAGACAUCGUCGUGAUCCUCGUAGGCAAUAAGCUCGACCAAGCGCAACCGUCCGAAGGUCAGGAAAGCAAGCGCGAGGUAACCGAGCAAGAAGCCGAGGAGUGGGCGCGCCGCAACGGCGUGCUGCAGUACGUCGAGACGUCAGCGAAGUCGGGCGAGAACGUCGAGGAAGCGUUCAUGCGCGUCGCCGAGCGCAUCUUCGAGAACAUCAACGCCGGCAAGUACGACCUCAACGACCGCCGCUCCGGCGUCAAGGGGCCCGGCCCCGGCGCCGUCGGUAAGCAGGUCCCGCUCCUCGGGGAUUCUGGGAGGGGGGCUGCUGCGGGUGGGUGUUGUUAAGAACCAAACAACCGACUCACUAUCUAAUUAACUGAACGAAUUUGGCUACGCUGGCUUUUACCUAAUGUCGAAGUCGAGAUUGAAGUUUUGACAUGAUGGGGUUGGGGUGGUUUAAGGAACUGGACCGGACCGGAUUGUAUUGGAUUGGAUGAAUUCGACGUCAUGAGAUGAAAGAUGAAACUGAAGAUCGGAUUAAAGCCACGAGAUGCCGGGUCCCCCGUGUAUGUUGAACUACUACUUCUACUUCUACUACUGAUACUGGUUGACUUAAGGGUUCUCUUGUUUUUGGGUGUUCCGGUCUAAGGGGGAGGGGACUUGUACAUACAUACAUAAAGGCCACCACGCACGCACUUUCGGGAGGAGCAUCGUCCAUUGCGCAUUCGAUGAUACCCUACGCACUAAUGUCUACUGCUUGCGUACCUAUAUACCAAGCAAACAAUCAAUCAAACAAUCAAACGAACGAACGAACAACGAAUU